AUGGAUAGCUUGGAUGCUGAGAAGGUAAAGAAAAUCACUUGGAAAAGAAGCAGAAGCAGGCUGGACGUGAAAGCUGAUAGCGAGGACUCUUCAAUAACAUGCAAAGAAGGUAGUGAGAAAAGGCCGUGUUAUGAUUCUACACGAUUUUCGUCAAUUCAAAGGAACAGUAAUUUGGAUCAGCCCUUUGUGUUGCCCGUUUUACCCACUUCGAAGGUGGAUAAAUGGCGCUCGGAUAUUCCAACCGUUAUAACCGGAACAGCUUGUAGAGGAAGGGGGCCACCUGUGGGAACUGUGGACAUUGGUGUAGGAAAAUCUUCGUAUUACUUCUGCAUUGCUCUACCUGGAGUCAAGCAGGAACCAGGAGAAUUCGAGUGCGAUAUACAAAAGGAUGGGAAGGUGUGGGUUAGAGGUGUGACAUCUACCGGCAGGAAAAUAGUCAACAAACACUCGAGAGCUUUCGAGAUGAAAAUCCAACAGCAAUGCCCGCCCGGGCCUUUCACCCUCUUCUUCACCCUGCCGGGGCCCGUCAACCCAGCUCUGUUUCGUCCCAAUUUCAGAUCCGAUGGGAUAUUCGAAGCCGUCGUUACAAAAAUAUGA